CACUCGGCUGAAGCAACAUGUCUGCGCCCUCAACACACGCGAAAACAAACAUGGAGAGUACAAUAACCUUACACAAGGGUUAACUUAAUCGAAACACCGUAUAAACAUCCACUGUGUGUAGAGAAAGCUGAUUUCAGCGAUGACUUUGCGGUGCUGCGAGACGUUUUUACGCAGAUCUCUGCGAUUCUCGACGGUCCUCAAUCUGACAGCCACCCCCGAGCACGAGCAGCUGUAUCUGCGUGUGUCAUCAGGUUGCUCAGUUUUUCGUCCACAGACAGUGAGGAAAUGUCUCUUUCACUGGACCCCGGCCUGCACGGUGUCCCAAGGUGUCUUUUUGGACAGACUGCAGAAGAGAGCUGCUGUGACCGAUGAGAGACUCUGUGAUCAGCCAGUGUCUGUUUCACCAGACAGAGCCCAACAGUUUUCCUUAUUAUUGAAAGAUCCUGAUCAACCUGAAAAUGCCAAAUCUCUUAAAGUGGCAAUAGUGGGUUCACCGAAUGCAGGGAAGUCCACACUGACCAAUCAACUGCUGGGUCGAAAGUUGUUUGCGGUUUCAUCAAAAGUGCACACAACAAGAUCACGUGCUGUUGGUGUCCUGACAGAGAAUGACACACAAAUUGUUUUGUUGGAUACCCCUGGUCUCACCACACAGAUAAAAGCUAAAAGACACCAGCUAGAGAACUCGCUCCUGGUGGAUCCAUUUAAGUCACUAAAGGAAGCUGAUUUAGUGGUGGUGUUAGUUGACGUGUCUGAUAAAUGGACCCGCAGUAAGCUGAGCUAUGAGGUGCUGAAGUGCCUGGCCCUGAAUCCUGAUGUCCCUGCCGUCCUUGUCCUCAAUAAGGUGGACUUACUGAAGAACAAAGCGCUAUUGCUGGACAUCACGGCACAGCUGACAGAAGGCAUGGUGAAUGGAAAGAAGAUCAGAAUGCACGGUGCAUUAAAACCACUACGGAAAGCAGCAUCCGGAGCCAACAGCAGACUUCAAGAAAAAAACCCUUCUGAGAGCCUGGAGGACGAGGUGGAUCAUGAGGACAAGCUGAAGGCCCUGAAGAGCCGCGGAGGGUGGCCACAUUUCAAAGACGUUUUCAUGCUUAGUUCUAUUGACCAGGAAGAUGUGGAAACAUUAAAGAGGUACUUGUUCGUAGCUGCAAAGCCUUGCCAGUGGCAGUACCACAGUGAGGUCCUGACAGAUCAGAGUCCUGAGGACGUGUGCUUCAAUACCAUCAGAGAGAAACUACUGCAGAAUCUCCCUAAGGAGGUGCCGUACACUAUGACACAGGAAAUUGAAAUCUGGAAGCAGUCUGAGGAUGGGGUGCUCGAUAUAUCCAUCAAACUGUAUGUGCAAAAGGAAACCCAUAUGAAAAUGGUUAUCGGUCCUGGAGGUCAGCUGAUAACCAGAAUAACCCAGGAAGCUGGAAAUGACCUGAUGAAGAUUUUCUUGUGUGAUGUGCGCUUAAAAAUCUCGGUGAAGUUGAGGAAGUGAUGUUAACUCUUCAGAUGACGGAGGUCAGAGCCUGAUGCAUACAGAAAGACAAAAAUAAGAGUUAUUUAAGAGUGAAGAAAUGGACAAGACCUCAAAAUCUCUCUACUUUUGUCUGAUAUCAACAGACUCUCUCAAAUAAAAUAAACGUCUGGCAUAUAACAUGCUUUUCUGUAUAACUUUAGUUGCAAGACUGUCAUUGGUUUAACAAUACUGCAAUACCAUCUGCCUAUGCAGUUUUAUAUCUCACUGCUUUUGAUUGAUAGUGAUUCAGAAAUCAUGUAGUUCUGCACACAGUGAGCACAGCCUCACUUUCUCUCCAUUUUUACAUCAUCAGUAUUCAGUGUCUUCAGUGCUCAGGCUGUUAUCUGCUACUGAGGCCUGCUGUUUCACUGAAUUUCUUGCGUAAUAUUAAUACACUGACCUGAAAUCAGUCGACUACAGGCCUGACCCCAGCUCUAAUAUGCAAGUCUGUUCAAAGGACAAAAAGCUAAGCUGGACAAAUGUUGUUUGCUGAAUCCUGCUAAACUGUGACUACACGCUGCUUACUAAAGCUCUUUAUAGAUAGUAUGUAAUUGUGUCUUUAAUAAUAGUUUCUUUACUUGCGUCAAUUAUUGCAUCACUUUCAGACAGUAGUAAAUGUUUUGAGUAAUAAAGUCAAAUUAGAUCAAGUUCUCAUGAUGCUGGACUGUGUAUCGUGGAAAAGUUCUGGGUACUUUAUCUACACACAGCAGAAGAUUUAGUGAUAAUCAGACACAUACAGAUCAACUCAUGUAGUCACUGAACUUAAGCGUUUACUGUAAGUCUAAAUUGCUUGCUUUAUGGCACACUGUUGUUUAAACAUGUGGAGUCGGUACAAUUCUAAACCUUUAUUAUUACCAUUUAAUGUAUAUUAAAAUAUCAUUUAUUCCUGUCUUGUCAAAGCUGAAUUUUCAGCAUCAUUACUCUCCAGUCUUCAGUGUGAAAUCAUUCUUAUAUGCUGUUCUGCAAACAUUUCUUAAUAUUACAGUUAUACGGCUUAAUAUUUCUAUUUCUUUUUGUGAACUAUAUAGUUAUUCCUCCACUUUUUGAUGAAUUUAAAAUGUAAAUGUCACUUCUUUACUGUCACUUUUGAGCAAAGUAAUGCAUCAGAUUAAAAAAGGGUUCAUUUCUUUAAGAUAUACAUUUAAGUUGCUAAGUCGAAAUGUUUGAGCAGUAGUGUGUGU